CCCGAGGUGGGUUUUGAUUUUUGAAAAAAUGGCGGAAGAGUAUACAGAAUGUUUGCUGGAGAAUAAUAAGUAUCAUGACCAUUGCCCUGGCUGCAAGGUUGAUCAGAUGAAAAAGUCUCGUCGUGGAUUCCCUUUCUCAGAGCUUUUCUCCGUUUGGAUCGUUGUCCUAUGCACCGCUCUGCCCAUCUCUUCUCUUUUCCCAUUCCUUUACUUUAUGAUUGAUGAUUUUAAUAUAGCAAAGAAGGAAGAGGACAUUGGGUUUUAUGCUGGAUUUGUUGGUUGCUCUUUUAUGCUUGGACGAACGGUCAUUUUCAAUACUCUGUUUGGCCUAAGUGUAAAUUUCUGGAUGGCCAUCAUCACCAGAUUCUGCCUCGGUAGUUUCAACGGUUUACUUGGUCCUAUAAAGGCAUACGCAAUAGAAAUAUUCCGUGAUGAAUAUCAAGGUUUAGCACUCUCAGCUGUAAGCACAGCAUGGGGCAUUGGACUCAUCAUUGGUCCUGCUAUGGGUGGUUUUCUUGCUCAGCCUGCAAAGCAAUAUCCAAGUUUAUUCUCAGAGAAAUCAGUUUUUGGGAAGUUUCCCUACUUCUUACCCUGCUUAGUAAUAUCUUGUUUUGCACUUUUGGUAACCAUAGUCUCAUUGCGGAUUCCGGAAACAUUGCACAAUCACAAGAUUGCUGAUGAUGCAUCACAUGAUGAGUCUAUCAAACUUUUGUCUCAUGACCCUGAAUCUCAUGAAGUGACAGAGAGAAAUGAAAAAACAUCUCUCCUGAGUAACUGGCCACUUAUGUCAUCUAUCAUUGUAUACUGCAUCUUGUCACUUCAUGAUAUGGCUUACACUGAGGUUUUUUCAUUGUGGGCAAAUAGCCCAAGGAAGUAUGGAGGUUUGGGAUACUCAUCUGCAGAUGUUGGUUCUGUUCUUGCAUUUUCUGGGUUUGGUCUCCUUGUGUUUCAGCUUUCACUCUACUCUUAUGCUGAGAGGCUUUUAGGACCAAUCAUAGUUACACGUAUAUCUGGGAGUCUUGGUUUAGUUCUCUUAUCAAGUUACCCUCUAAUAGCAAAGUUAUCUGGUUUAGCCCUUACCUUGACGCUAAACUGUGCAUCCGUUGCAAAGAAUGUUUUAAGCAUUUCUGCUGUAACUGGCUUAUUCAUACUUCAAAACAAUGCUGUGAGACAAGACCAAAGAGGAGCAGCUAAUGGGCUUGCCAUGACAGGGAUGUCUCUUUUCAAAGCAAUAGGUCCAGCAGCAGCAGGAAUCAUAUAUUCAUGGAGUGAGAAACGUCAGGAUGCUACUUUCCUUCCUGGUACACAAAUGGUGUUCUUUAUUCUGAAUACUGUCUUGGCACUUGGAGUUUUAUUGACGUUCAAACCAUUUCUAGCUGAAACAAAGAAGUAGUUUUCAAUGGAAUUUUGAUGUUGUUCAAAUUACAUCCGAUGAUUUGUAUUUUAUUUUAGAGUGUAUUAUUAGCCUUAUAAUGCCAAGUUAGAUCAGAGAUGUGUUUAAAAAAGUUAGUACAAAAGACAUAUUGUUAGAAUGUUUUU